GAUCAAUCCCACGUCGCAAUUGCACCAUGACUGGCUUAUAUGCUCUUCCCGCGCGGGCGCGGAGAACGUCUCUUUGGCAAACGCCCGUGAAGAGACUGAAUCAGUUUUCCACAUUAGGACCGAGGUAUAGCUACGCAGACACGCUGCCGAACCUGAAGAUCGGGGCCCAUACGAGGGUGUUGUUUCAGGGAUUUACAGGCAAACAAGCCACUGCUAAUGUAAAAGAGUCCCUAGCGUGGGGAACCAAGAUUGUGGGGGGUGUCAAGCCAGGAGUAGAUGAUGAACACCUUGGACUCCCUGUCUUCCCCUCCGUUCGUGCGGCCCAAGAAAAAGCGAAGCCCGAUGCAUCGGCGAUCUACGUGCCGGGAAACUCCACGGCCAAGGCAGUGGAAGAAGCAAUUGAGGCAGAGAUUCCUCUCGUCGUAGCUGUAGCCGAACACGUUCCUAUUCAUGACAUUUUAAGGAUCCACUCCAUGCUCCAAACUCAAUCCAAGACGCGGCUAGUUGGAGCAAACUGUCCCGGAAUUAUCUCAGCCAUUGGGAAAUGCCGCAUUGGGUUCCAGCCCCUACCCUGCUUCGCUCCCGGCAAUGUCGGCAUCGUGGCGAAGUCGGGCACCCUGAGUUAUGAGACCGUUGCAUCAACCACGCGGGCAGGUCUGGGCCAGAGUCUUUGCAUCAGUAUGGGAGGCGAUGUCCUGGCCGGGACUAACUUCGUUGAUGCGUUGAAGAUCUUCGAGAAUGACCCCGACACCGAGGGAAUCAUCCUUGUCGGUGAAAUUGGUGGAAUGGCGGAAAUUGAUGCUGCGGAAUGGAUCAAAGACUAUCAUCGGAGGACCGCCAACCCAAAGCCCAUUAUGGCUCUUGUCGGCGGCCGAUACGCACCUCCAGGCCGUAUCAUGGGCCAUGCCGGAGCUUGGACAGCACCCGGAGAGCCAGUUGCGAGUGUCAAAUACAAGGCUCUAGAGAAUGCCGGGGCAGUUAUGGUUAACCACCCCGAGGACUUCGGAGAGGGGAUGAAGUCCUUAUUUAGUACCCGAGCGCGUGCCCAAGGCGCAACAUCCACCAACCCAGCAAACCAGAAACGAGGCCUCCAUACUAUGAGGCGUGUUUUCCCCAGAGAGACCAAGCCACAGCUACUCCCACAGUCGCAGGCUCGCUCCCUCUACGUCAAACAAUUCCAAGCUCUCGACAUGCUUAAACAGAAAUCCAUCCCGACCAACGACGCACCCCCUUCCGCCUCGGAUAUAUUCCUGUCCUUGACCGUGGAUAGAACAGCACUCACACCGUGCAUCCUGACCUCCACCAGCGCAGAAUUCGACCCCUCGCAGACAGGCCGUUUCCAAUUCCCCUACAACACUACAGAAUUCAAUGACUCUAACCCUCUGAUUGAAACUAUUGCAUCCCAAUUACAACUUCCCGAAACUUCACGCGCAGGACUAGCAGAGCUAGUCCAAGCCCUGUGGCAGAUCUUCAAGGAAAAAGAGGCAUAUCUACUCGAAGUCCGAGCCAACCCCUCCGCGCAAGGCUUGGAAGUACGAGGAGCGCGGUUCGGCUUCGACGACGCAGCAUUCAGAAGCUCUGGCCGUCAAGACGAGGUGCAUCGACUGCGAAACCCCGCCGAAGAAGUCCCCGAGGAAGUCGAGGCGGAGAAAGAUGGUAUUGUCUAUGUCAAACUCGACGGUGAAGGCAGCAUCGGCACCCUCGUAAACGGCGCCGGCCUGGCAAUGAACACCGUCGACGCACUCACACUCCACGGCGGCCACUGCGCCAACUUCCUCGACACCGGCGGAAAAGCCACGUCGGAGACCGUGAAGUCGUCGUUCCGGAUCAUCGUCUCCGACGCGCGCGUGAAGGCCAUCUUCGUGAAUAUCUUUGGUGGGUUGACGCGGUGCGAUAUGAUCGCUGAGGGCAUUAUCAUGGCAUUCCGGGACUUGAAAAUGAGUGUGCCUGUUGUGGUGAGACUGAGGGGGACGAAUGAGGAGGAGGGGCAGAAGAUGAUUGCCGAGAGUGGUCUGCCUCUUCACGCGUUUGAUAAAUUUGAAGAUGCGGCGAAGAAAGUGAUUAGUCUUGCUGGAGGGAAGCCCUCUAGCGCAUGAUAAAGUGUAUUCUUCCAUUGGAUGAGUGAUAUAGC